CGGCGAUACCGCGCGCGUCUCACCGCCGCGUCAUCCUCGCGCCCGCCGCGCGAAGGUCGUCGUCGAGUCGACCGCGUCGCCGCGCCGCGCGCGCUCUCGCCCGCCGCCGUCGCGCGCGAUGCGUCCGCUCGAGGAAUCCGAGAUUCAGCAGGUGUUCGAGAAGCUGUUCAAGUUCGUGGGGAAGAACCUGAAGAACAUCGUCGACCGCGCGGACCAGCCGCACUGCUUCCGUCUUCACAAGAAGCGCGUGUACUACGUCCGCGAGGACAUCAUGAAACGCGCGGUCUCCGUCGCGAGGGACCAGCUCGUGUCCCUGGGCGUGUGCGUGGGGAAGUUCACGCACAGCGAUAAGUUCCGCCUGACGAUCGGCGCGUUGGAUCUGCUCGCGGCGCACGCGAAACACAAGAUGUGGGUGAAACCGACUUCGGAGAUGAGUUUCCUGUACGGCAACCACCUCCUGAAGUCCGGAUUGGGAAGGAUCACGGAGAACACGCCCGCGAACCAGGGCGUGGUCGUCUACAGCAUGUCCGACGUGCCUCUCGGGUUCGGCGUCGCCGCGAAGAGCACGCAGGACUGCCGCAAACUCGACGCGUCGUCCAUCGUCGCGUUUCACCAGGCGGACGUGGGGGAGUACCUUCGCGCGGAGGACGACAUGGUGCAGGGGAAGAAGGAGUGAGGCGAGCGACGCGCUCCGGGAGGGCGGCGCGAUAGACGUAGACGUAGGAGGACGCGACCUCGCGGCGUGUGCCGUGGGAGAAGAACAUCGAAACGCGCGUUCGGCAGUU